AUGGCUGCACCCCCGCCAACGCAGGCCCGUCCGGUCGCUCCUCAUGAACCCUCAGGCAACCCCAUGAGUAACCGAUUGGAGCUCUCUCCAGCGCCAUCAGGACACGUCCUGAAGACAGCUAUCCCGGGCCCGCCUCGUCGGAGAUCGUCUAAAGGAGCGGGACCAACUGUACUGAAGAGAGCAGUGUCGACUCCCAAUGUUCGCGCGUUGGCAUCAGCAGAUUCAUCGAGCCUUCCGAGCUCCGCAGAUAAGCGACGGAAUAAGUUGGGUUACCACCGGACAUCAGUUGCAUGCGGUCAUUGCCGAAGGCGGAAGAUAAGGUGUCUGCUUGCGUUAGAUGACCCGCAAGGGCGUUGCUCAAAUUGCAUUCGCCUCAAGAAGGAGUGCAAUUUCUUCCCAGUCGACCAGCAGCCGCAGGAGAGACGACAAAGGACGGGAUCGAAAAUUGAUGCAAUCUCAGCUGAGGCAUCCACCUCCUCAUCCCCUUCACCAACCUUGGCGACGGGGCCCACGCUCGACCAGGUCGGUGUGUUUCCUCAGUAUUCGCCUGUUCCUUUGGAUUCGCGUCAGAGCAUGCUCUCGACCAGCGGGGUGAGCGGCAUGGCUUCUCGAACUGCUCCUUUGGUCCCACGUUCGUCUUUUGAUUAUGCCUCUGACGUAGAGAGAGCGCCGCAAUGGGAGACCUCUCCACUUGUGCAGCAAUCGCCAGGAGGUAUCGGGAAGCAGAUGAUGGAGGAACCUUCAACUUCAUACUGGCGGCUCACGGACCCUGCUGUUGCGACCGGCUUUACCCCGUUUGACCUCUCUCCGAGCGUCAAUCAACCCGUAUACCCAUCUUCUAGCGCUGGGAUGUUUCCUUCUGAAGUGACUGGCACAGAGAGUGUUUGGCCAAUGCCAACGAGAUCUCUCUCGUUUGAUCAAGUAAACACGCUUCCUCAGGUUAACUCUGGAUUUCAGCCUUUUCGACCUAGUGUCCCGCGGAGGAUCCCUACGGACCCACCUUCGCUUGACACAAGCAACACGCCUUCGACUGACUCCAUAGGCGAUCCGACCUCUGCAACAAUGACGGCAGCUCCUAGCUCUCAUCCAAUGCAAGCAUUUGGGUACCCUACAGGCUGGGGAGGGUUCCCGGGUCAUACCGCAGGCGCCAUGGCCCGAAAAUUUCCCGAUGGUUUCAAUGGUUGGUACGGCGACUCUGCACCUCUGGCCCAGGUUCAAGAGGAAGACAGCGGGCCACCAUAUAUGAACGGCGUUCCACCUUCUUUCUUUCCAGCCGAUCAAUAUAAUCCUGGAUGA